GCAGUUGAAACCCAAGCAGGACCAUGGCCAACAGUGAGCGCACCUUCCUUGCCAUCAAGCCCGAUGGGGUCCAGCGGGGUCUUGUAGGAGAGAUCAUCAAACGUUUUGAGCAGAAGGGAUUCCACCUUGUUGGUCUGAAAUUUAUGCAGACUUCUGAAGAGCUUCUCAGGGAACACUACACUGACUUGAAGGACCGUCCGUUCUUUGCUGGCCUGGUGAAAUACAUGCGCUCAGGGCCCGUGGUUGCCAUGGUCUGGGAGGGGCUGAAUGUGGUGAAGACGGGCAGAGUCAUGCUCGGAGAGACCAAUCCUGCAGACUCCAAGCCUGGAACCAUCCGUGGGGACUUUUGCAUCCAAGUUGGCAGCACCAUGGCCAACCUCGAGCGCACCUUCAUUGCCAUCAAGCCGGACGGCGUGCAACGUGGCCUGGUGGGCGAGAUCAUCAAGCGCUUCGAACAGAAGGGAUUCCAUCUCGUGGCCAUGAAGUUCCUUCGGGUAACGCGNGAACACCUGAAGCAGCACUAUGCUGACCUGAAAGACCGCCCAUUCUUCCCUGGACUGGUGAAGUACAUGAACUCAGGCCCUGUUGUGGCCAUGGUCUGGGAGGGGCUGAAUGUGGUGAAGACAGGCCGAGUGAUGCUUGGGGAGACCAAUCCAGCGGAUUCUAAGCCAGGCACCAUUCGUGGGGACUUCUGCAUUCAAGUUGGCAGGAACAUCAUUCAUGGCAGCGACUCAGUAAAAAGUGCUGAAAAAGAAAUCAGCCUGUGGUUUAAGCCGGAAGAAUUGGUCGACUACAAGUCCUGUGCUUAUGACUGGGUCUAUGAGUAAGAGGUUGUCCUUCAACACUGCGUGGUUUGUCCCUGGACACAGAUCUUCAUUCCACUGACUUGGAAGCAAUAGGGUUGUUUAUUCUUUUCUAAAGCAUAUUUACCAGUAAAGCCUUUGGAAAUUGGGGAGUCUCCUUGUGCUUGAUAUUAAACUGAAAGAAGUGGCUUGGUU